GCGGCAUCGGCAACCCACCGGUCCACCGCAGCAGGCACGCACGCCUUCCUCGCGCGUUCCCAGUCGCAGGCCCCAGCCCCGGCCUUUAAAAACCCGUGAGCCCCCGACUCGCCGCUCGCCACGGCAAAAAGCACGAGCACCAUGGCCGGGUACCGCCGCACCAUCUCGUUCCCGACCCCGAAGGCGGCGGCGGCCGCCAGCGGCAAGCUCGCGGCGGCCUACCGCGUCCGCUCCGCCAGCCUCCCCUGCCGCUUCCACCCGCUGGUGCUGCAGCUCGACGACGACGUCGCCGCGCUGCGCCUCGUGCUCGGCGGCCAGGCCCCGUCCUGCUCGGCGCCCUCCGUCUCCGCGGCCGCCUCGCACAUCGGCCGGGUGCUGGCCUCGCUCUCGGACCUGCUCCACCACCCGCAGGCGCAGGAGCCGCUGCGCCGCCUCGGCAUGUCCCCGCUGGCCGAGCGCCUGCUCGACGACUUCCUCCGCCUCGCCGACGCGCACGGCAGCUUCCGCCAGGCGCUCGUCGCGCUCGCGGCGCUCCAGGCCGAGACGCGCGCCGCGCUGCGCCGCGGCGACCCCGGGCGCCUGGCGUCCGCGGCCCGCGCGCAGCGCCGCGCCGGGCGCGACCUCCCGCGCCUCGCGGCCGCCGCGCGCGCCGUGGCCACCAGGGCCCCCACGCCGCUCCCCGAGGACCUCCAGCCCGAGACCGCGGCCCUCGGCGCGGCGAUCGCCGACUCGACCGUCGCCGUGGCGUCCGCCUCCGCGGCCGUCUUCUCCGGCGUUUCCUCCCUCUCCAACGCGGCCGCCGCCGCCCGCGUCGAGGUCGCCUCCACGCCGUGCUGGGUCACCGCGCCCUCAAGAUUCUCCGCCGCGUCCGCAUCAGACGCGCCAAGAAGCAGCCACCAGCGCGUGUGGUGGGUGGCGGACCUGGUGCGCUGGAUGUCGCGCGCGAAGCGCCGGUCGGCCGGGAAACAUAACACCACCAACGACGACGACGCGUCCACCUCGUCCACGUUGCAGCUCCGGCCGGAGGCGCGGAUGAAGCCGGAGGAGAGAGCCCGCAAGGCCGCGUUCGAGCUCCACGACAGCCUGGAGCGGUGCAUCGCGAGCGUGGACGGCAGCGGCGAGAAGGUGUUCCGGGCGCUGAUCAACACCAGAGUCUCCCUGCUCAACAUCCUCAGCCCAACCUUCUGAUCCCACAGCAGUUUCACGUCCAAACGAAAUUUAGGAAACGUUUUGCUUGAGCUUUCGUGGCUUGGACAGGAUUUGUAUAUAGUACUCUACUACUAGUGGUAUAUUGUCCCGCGGGACGCGGCCUUCGCAUGCGUUCGCCUGCAUCUAUCAACGGAUUUGGAACCUGGCGUUACGAAUCGCGCAA